AUACAUCAUUCAUAAUAAAGAAUGAGAUAAGUGAAUAUGCUCUUACGUACUUUUCCCUAGGAUCUGAUCGGGGCCGUCGAGAGAGGAGACGCAUCGAGGGUGCUGGCAGCCCUGGCGAGAGGAGGAGACGCGAACGCGGUCGUCGUUUGCGAAGAUGGGGUGGAAAGAACAGUCCUCGCCGUGGCUGCGUUCUUGGGCCACGCCCACCUCGUGCCCGUCCUGGUGGAGAAGGGGGCGAAGGUGGAUCAGAGAGCUGGAAGAACCAUGACGGCGAUCCACCACGCCGCGAGGGAGGGAAAGGCCGAGGCUCUGAAGGCACUGCUGAAGGUCGGCGCAGAUCUCAAUUCACCCGAAAUCCGCUACUUCAACAGCCCGCUCCACUUCGCUACAAUGACUAAACAAUUCAGCUGCGUCAAGGUGCUGGUCGAGGCUGGCGCUGACCUGAACUGCAAGGAUAUCUACCACUACCGCCCCCUGCACAUCGCGUCGAGGACCAACUACUUACCCAUCAUCAAGUACCUGCUUGAGUCUCGGUGUGACCGCGGGGCGAGGACGGUGCAAGGCUGGACGGCGCUCCAUGUAGCCGGAAUGAGCGGCAGCGAAGAAGCUGUCAAAGUUCUGAUUGAAUCCGGCCUCGACUUGGAGGCGCUGGACAACGACGGGCGCACCGCAGCCGUGCUCACCGACGAGUGCGGGCAGGGCCACAUGUACUGGUACUUCGCUAAGACCUUCGGGGCGUCCACAUCCUUGUCUCCGGCAGUUAAGGCCCGCCAGAGCAUGGAGAGAUACGACAUUGAGCAGUUGGUGUUAACCUGGGCAUCCCAAGAUAUAGAGGCAAACAAGAAUCUCCUUCGCAUGAACACUCCGACACCCUUCGAUGGACACUACCAAGACCACUCCGGUCGCACAGCUCUCCACGUGGCGGCAGAGAACGGCCACAGGAACAAUGUAGUUGUUUUACUGGAAGACUGCAAGAUCUACCCAGCAGUGCGCACCCACGCAGGCAAGACACCGGCGGAGCUGGCAAGAGCCGCUGGACACGAGGAUUUGGCAAAAAUGAUAACGGAGAAGCUGGGCCGCGUGGAGAACAGAGAGGAAGCCGAAGAACUGUACAAAGACCUGUUGACUGUCAUCGCAGACGGGGAUGACGUGAAGAAGGCAUCCUCUUUACUCGCUCGCGGUUGUCCCAUGAAACCUUGCGGCCUCUACUCCACACACGCCAUCGUCCUAGCUGUCACCUCCAACCGCUGCAGGAUCCUCACUCUCCUGGUGGCCGCGGGGGCAUCGCUCUUCGUCACCGUGCAGGGCUUGACCCUACUGCAGGUCGCCUGGUUCACGGCAGACGUCACCAUGUUCGUGAAGAUGAUAAUAACUAAGUCGAUACUGCACGUGCUGCAGGAGGAACAUAAAAGAGCAGAAAACUGGCCCGAAUUGCAGAAAGGGAUCUCAUCCAUCAUAGCCACACUGCAGGGGGAGAAACCUUGGAUGGCAUGCUGGCCUGUUCAAAACCCUUUAGGAAACCAGCCCAUCCUAAUUCGACGACUUAUUGAAGCAAUCUACGCGAAGUGUAGCCUCACAGUGUCAUUUCUCCUGAAUGCAGGGGCGAUGCCGUUGCUUUCUGAGGAGUACUAUGGGAUUAGUCCCUUUGAAGUUUCGCUAAAAGAAAACAGAUGGGGCUUGGCUACACGACUGGCGCGUAACACAGGUGGUUUGUAUGUUGCCGACUCGCAGGGCAAAUUAUACAGGGACUACCUACCACGGUGUCAAAGAAUGGAACUGGAAUCUGACAUUUUUGAACAAGAAUUGAGGAAAAUAUUUCAUGAAGAAGAGAAAGUAAAGGAUGAGGAACUUCGACAGGAAAUUAAACUUGUUAGACAUCUUCAAAGAAAACUGUAUGAAGCUUAUCAGUCGGGCAUUCAGAUGGAUGACAGCACACAAAGACUAGUACACCACAUUGGGUGUAAAGCACUCCUAGGAGCCGCAAGGUUUAAUCUUGUGCAGCUGGCUUUCUUGCUGUUCACCAAGGGCGAGAUGGAUGUCAACAGCAAACUCGAAAGCAUGACAGACUCCACUGCGGUUCACCAAGCUGCUGCAUUUGGAAAUCACAAUUUGGUUUUCAUGAUGCACAAGAUAGGAGCAAAUAUCACUCUGCAAGACCGCUAUCAUCACACGGCACUCCAUUUGGCCCCCAUGUUUGGCCAUAGAAUUACGGACGAACAACUAAGAGCACUGGCAAAUAGAGAAGAACCAGUGUGUAAAUCUGGCACAACACCUACUCAAGUAAGGAACAACUUCGAAGUGUAUCUGAGGCAAUAUGGGGUUGACAAUAAUAAUGUUGAACAGUUCGUGAACUACGAGGAGUUCAACAGUGCAAACAAAGCCCUGGAGAAGCAUUUGGGAAGACUCAGUCUCGAUGAGCUGAAGAAACAGAGCUGGCUCAGGUGUGUAAACUAUAACGAAGGAGAGGCGAAGGAGGUAUGCGAAGCUGUGAUGGCCGAAAUGAAACUCUUAAUGGAUAAGGUAGGCCAGCUGAACCCAGCACUCAAGGGCAGUUUGAUUCUUCUUGGCAGCGCAGCCGAUGGCACCCGCCUUUGCGCGCCUGACGAGUUUGAUUUUAACCUCGUCAUUCAGCCACCUGUGGCCAUUGACUUGAACAUAGAACAUCUAGGGAAAAACGAGGCCAUUCUCAAAGGCCACAAAUCGGUCCUCAAGGUGAAACCACGACACUCAAAGGCUAAGUUGCUAAAAGAGUCAAAUUUAAAGAAAUGUUUCUAUGAUGCUGUUGUUAAGAGUCUGGAGGGACAUACUUGCAAGGACCGCAGGCUGAGUCUGACUCCUCCAGGAGUCACAAGAACUCAGGUUGGAAUAACACUGUCCCUGGCAUGGCAAGGGGAGCAGUUCCCUCUUCUGCUUGUAGGGGUAGAUUUCGUUCCUGUAUUGGCUGUCCCUUGGCCGAAAACAGUCUCAGAGCCGCCUCUGACGCCCCCAGGUAUCGACAACGUCUUCAUCAGCAGUCUUGGAAAUGGGAAGUGGAGGUUUUCCUUUGCUGCCGUUGAAGUAGAAACCCUUAAAGGCCUAGAUGACAUGGAAAGACUUGUCUACCUCACGUGCAAAAAUCUGCUAGCAAAUUUGAAAGCCGAGCCGUGGAUGCCGAAGGUGGUCAAGAACUUGUACACCUGGUGGGACUCACAGCUCUGGAAACUGUCGAUCCCGGCUGGAUUUGCCCUGAAGAACUGCUUCCUGAGAAUCGUUGAGAAAAAGAGAGAGAAUGGCAUUAUGUGGGUGGAAGAAAACCUCCAUCAUUACAUGACGCAGAUUUUCUUACUUAUGGUGGGCGAGUAUACCGACCCAGAGACAAUGAGGACUCUCCAAGUAUCGAGAAAGAUUUACCCAUAUUAUGGCGGCGAUUUUGAAUCUCCAAAGCUCGGCGAAGGAGUCAAAGAAAUCCUCUCCUUCAUAGAAGAGGGCCAGAGAGCCCAAAACAGACCUUCACCAGGCAGUCAGGAAAGCGGCAAAAUUAAAUCACUGAAAGUCAAAGAAAUAAUUUCCUUUUUGGAGGAUAUGCAGAAAAAUAAAGUAUCUUUUAAAAGGGCUAAUGAGUGCCCCAUAUAGUGCUUGGAUAGUUGUGAAAGUGGAUACACUGAAUCAACAGUGAGAAAAUGAGUCAAGCAUAUCCGUUCCUGUGGACCUUGACAAAAAAAGAAACAGAAAAACUAUAGAUGUGAUGUUAGUGUGAACAAUAAAAGUGAAUUUGUA